AUGUCCAGCGGUAUUCGCUGCUUCGCAGGCGUUGGGUCUCUAUUAGUCUUCUGCUAUGCAGCGUCGAGAACCAAUAUUGAGACGGAAUACUGGAAAAAGAGGUUGAUGGAUAUGUCCUCCGUAUGGACGUUCCAGUCAAUAAAGAGCACGGAUUUGAAACGAGCCCAGAACGCUGACCUCAUUCGUUACCUGCGAGAAUGGUUUCAAAGCAUCAAUUCCAAACUCCAAGAUAUGCCAGCCUUGAUUAGACCCUGGGUGGGCCUCGCCUUCGUCUCUGUGCUUCAACCAUAUGCGGACGCAUCAGAGGGCAAACGACUUUGCUGGAAAAUAUGUCUCCUUAAUGCAGGUGUCUACCUUGCUUGGAAGAUUCGUAAAUGGAGGCCCGCAAUGAACGUGCGAUUUAUGCACAAUCCUCUCUCGGGCCUCUCUUACACCCUUCUGACUAGCAUGUUCAGUCACCAGAGCUUCCUUCACUUACUGUUUAACUGUCUUGCUCUCGAGAGCUUCGGUUCCGCCGCGUAUUAUUACUUGAUGCGAGAACAAGAGAAGUCCCAGCCACCCAUGCUAGAAUCCACCGGCGCUUUCCACUUCCUGGCGUUCUUCAUCUCAGCUGGAUUAUUCUCCGGCCUCGUCUCACACGUUGCCUCUGUCAAGUUCCUGUACCCACGGAUGGUCGCUCAGCUCACGGCGACUGGAAGAGCAACGUCGAAACCUGAUACUUGGGCUGCAGCAGUUGCAGCGACUACUAAAACCGCGUCAUCGGCUGCAGCGAAUACUGCCGCUAAAGAAGUGCCGCGCAUCUUGCCCAGCCUUGGUGCUUCUGGUGCCGUGUGGGCAACACUUACUAUGACUGCACUCGCCUUCCCUGACUCUCAAGUCGCCUUGUUCAUCCCACCCUCGUAUCCCAUCAAUAUCCAAACCGCUGUUUCAGGUCUCGUUCUAUUUGAUAUGAUCGGUAUUCUGAGAGGAUGGAGAAUGUUCGAUCACUGGGCGCAUCUGGGAGGGGCUGCGUUUGGUGUUGCGUACUAUGCAUACGGCCCUGAUUUCUGGCACAGGCUGAGGAGAACCUUCGCCAUCGACCCGGCGUCCAUCCCUACUUCGUAGUUCCCGCCCAGUAUCCAAUGGAUUAUUCGAUGUAUCAUAAUCGCCGCUCAUAAUCAGCAUUGUUGACAUAGAC